GUAUGAACCAACAAAUUAGUGAUUUCAAGUAAAUAUAGCAAGUGGGAAAUCUAGAAUAAUACACACAAAGAUGAGUAAGUCAACAAUAUUGAGCUUUUCUAAAGCAUGGAGUAAGAUGCAAUUAUUGAGUUUUCUUAUCAUUUUUAUGUCCAUUCUUGGGAUCUCAACAUCAUCAUCAUCAUCAUCACCAUCACCAUCAUCACAUAAUGAUGAUAAUGAUGUAAAAUUGAAAUUUAAUAAAAAUGGAGAAUUCAAGAUAUUGCAAGUAUCAGAUAUGCAUUAUGCCAAUGGUAAAGAUACUCCAUGUAGUGAUAUCUUACCUUCUCAAAUUCAACAAGGUUGCUCUGAUCUUAAUACUACCGAUUUUCUCCGUCGUUAUAUUCAGGCUGAGAAUCCUGACUUCAUCAUUUUCUCUGGUGACAAUGUGCAUGCAUUAGACUCAAAAAACUAUAAUAAAUCCAUGGAUGAAGCAUUUGCACCCGCUAUAGAGUCCAACAUUCCAUGGACUGCUAUUUUAGGAAACCAUGAUGCUAAUGAAAUCGCAACCGGAUACCCAAAAGAGGCAAUUAUGGAUUACAUAAUUGGGAUGAAGAACAUCAUAGCCUUUAAAAACCCUACAAAUCUUGAAGAAGAUGAAUCAAUUUGGGGAUUUGGCAAUUUCAAUUUAGAGGUUGGUGGAGUUAAUGGUUCAUCUUUUCAAGAUAAGUCUAUUCUGAACCUUUAUUUUCUGGAUAGUGGUGAAGUUACUUAUAGUCAUGCUCCAUCUUUUUAUGUCGGUUAUGAUUGGAUUAAACCGUCUCAACAAUCUUGGUUUCUUCGCACUUCUAAGAAACUUCAGGAAACGUACAAGACUGGGGUACUGCCACAAGACAAAGCCGCACCAGGGUUGGUGUUCUUCCACAUCCCAAUACCCGAAUUCACCAACAUAACCGAAUCAAAUAUGGUCGGUGUAAGACAAGAGGAUGUCAGUUGCCCCGGAUACAAUUCGGGUUUUUUUGAUACUAUGGUCAAGGCAGGUGACAUUAAAGCGGCUUUUGUAGGACAUGGUCACUUAAAUGACUAUUGUGGUAAGCUUUGUGACAUUCAACUUUGUAAUGCUGCUGGAUUCGGGUACCACGGAUACGGGUUGGCGGGUUGGCCCAGAAGAGCUAGAGUUAUCCAUAUUAAACUUGAUAAAACUGAGGAUGGUAACUGGGGUCCAGUUAAGUCUAUUGUUACUUGGAAGAGAAUUCAUGAUGAUCAUCUCACUAUUAUCGAUCCUGAAGUCCUUUGGACUUCUAACCGCGAGGGAUCUAAAUCGCUGUUGAACCCGGUUCAAAGUGAAUGAAGGUUUUAGACUUUACGGUUGUAUUGAAAGACUCUGUACGGAAAUACUCCAAAAUGAUAUUUUUGUUGUUUUCUAUCCUUUUAAUAAUGUUAUGUAGUCACUCUUAAUAAUUCACAAUUUACUAAUGUUAUGAAAACUUCACAUUAUCUUAAAA